GGAAUACACGUGCUGAUCAAAUCAUGGACUUUCUGAGUGUCCAAUGGCAUAGUAAUUAUCUUUCGCCCCAGUUCCGGUCCUGACGUGAACUCUCGGGCUGAUAAAUACGCGACAACUGCAGGUUUCCACUACUUUCUCAGUUCACCCCUUGCCGAAAGCAAGUGGAGCUUUUCUCCAGGACCUCUUUCUCUUUCAGUUCUUGUGAAGAUCUCCACUGGGCCCGGCACGAUGGAAGGAGUACUUCGACCCUUGUCUCUGCUGAACCCGGAUCAUGACAGAGUGACCGCGGGAUUGUUCAGCUUCGAGUCGCAAGGUGACGACGCUCGUCAGAUGGCAGAAUGGGACUCGUACCUGGCUAUGGAUGAUCUACUCUGCAGUACGAGCAGCAGUGACAACACCACGCGAAGCGCAAGCAGAUAUGCCAGCAACACGCUACAAACUAAACCUGCGCCGGCAUCCAAACGCUCAGCAACAGCGUCGCUAUAUCCGCAAAGCCGUCACAACAGCACAGGCAUCAGCACCGCUCACCAGGGAGCAGUAGCCAGAGAGCAAGCCGACCUGUCAGCUGCAAUAGCUGCUAGUGCGUGGUCAGCGGUACACACAGCAGCGUGGACGUCUAGGGUCACUCUUGAUGUGGAAACCACAUGCGCCUCAUCGCAUGGUGCCCCUCGCAAGGGCGAGGAGCUUCCAGCCAGCCAACCCCCCAACACUAGAAGCAGUAGCACUCGUGCCAGCCAAUCGCACGAUGACAAUAACACCAGUGUGUGCAAUAGCUAUAGAGCUGUAGCUAGACCUCAGGCUGCAACACCCACUACUCCCACGUCAGAAUCAUCAACAACAAGCUCUGGAAGCAGCUGUAGUGAUAGUGGUGGCGGCGCCAUUUUGGAUGGCAACACUGACGGACCCAACACAGUUGAAGGCUCGACGAAGUCGGAAGACGGCGCAGCAUGGAGCGGCGUACCGGAGCCACGGCGAGCUGUGGCCAACGCACGGGAACGCCUCAGGGUGCGCAACCUGCGCCUUGCCUUCGAGAAACUGUCCCGAAAGUUACCCAAGGAUAGAGCUGAGCCUGUGUUCCGGAGGAUGGAUAUUGUAAAACGCGCCAUUGACUACAUUACCUUUCUAAGAGAUGUGCUCGAAGACGAUGAGAGUGGCGAUGACGAUUCGUUUGUGUUCGACUCAGCACUUGCCGUGGAUCCCAAGCAGCUCUUUCUGCGUCGCGGCAUCGCCAAGCAGCGCUCGCGUCGCCUCAUCUCCGAAUUCCGCAUCACGUGCAAUCAGCGAGCAAGGGUGCGCGCCGUCGAGAUGCGCGCCGCGUUCCGCCGCCUCCAGCGCGCCCUUCCGCCCGGCUGUGCCAAGACGUCCAGUAGCAGCAGCAUGAGCGCCGCCAGCAGCAGCAUCAGCAGCACCACCAACAGCAGUACUACUACUACUACUAGGAUGAGCGGCAGUGAUCACAGUAAUUUGUCCUCCCCUACGACCAUGACGACAGACAGUUUUGCUGGUGAUGGGAGAAGCGAACAUGUCGUGCUGCGCAGUAAUACUACUGACAGGAACACAAUGACGACUGCUACCCCCUCCCCCGUGGACAUAACCAGUCCUUCCAGCGGCGGCGUGGGCGACACAGACUCCCGCAUGUUGACAUCUACAUCAACCGACGCUGACGCAGUGGACGUGGCGGACGCCAGUGAUGAUGCUGAUGGCGGCGGACACCGCCAGCCGCUGGAGGAUCUGCCGCGUAUUGAGAUACUGCGUCGCGCGACAAUGUACAUUGGUCUACUAACAGUGCUGGCUGACUCGGAUGUCCAGAGCGCCAUCUGGAGCCAGGAGGACGGCAGAGAGGAAGACUCCAUGGUGGUAGCGGGAGGAGCUGAUGCAGAUGGUCCGCUCACAGCCGAAGAGCUGGACAGUCUGGCUGCGGAGUGCAAACUGGACAAUUUGGAGAUUGGCAGUUUUUUCCUUGAAUCCUACAAUCAACAGCAGCAACAGCAGCAGCUUCACUACCAGCAGCAGAACCAGCAGCAGCAGCAGCAGCAACAGCAGCAGAAGCAGUGUGAGGCACCCUCCGCAGUGACCCCUCACACAUCGAUCUACACCACUGUCACGCAGCUCUGCCAGAUCUGAGUCUGUGAGGCGUCUUCUUGUCAGGAUAAGCCAAUGACGUACAUGUACGCUUAUUCUGGAUCUCCUCCCAUCUGAACAUACAAUGUACAUGCACAGCUCGUUUAGCAUCUACACGCCCUGUGUUGCGCACUACCAGCACAGUCAAGUGGUAUGUUCUUUUGUUGUAGUCAUCAUGGUGGUCGUCGUUGUUGUUGUUGUUGUUGUUCUCUAUUGUUAUGUGCUGUGCAUGCAGGCAUGUCGACCCUUAUACAUGUACAUGUAGCAGCAAUGCCUACAGUCAUUUACAUGUACAUGUGGCUACAGUACAAACAAUGAGAGGACGGGAAGAUGUUUUAACUCUGAGUUUCACGCACUAUUACUAGGUUUUGACCGAGUUACGGCCUGUUGAAGUCUCACAGUCGAGUGUGUAGGAUUCUACACAUGAAAGUAUGGACAGCUCUCAAAGGGCUAAGCGAUUAUCAGAAACAGUACUAAUUAACGUUUUGUAGCCUAAAGUACGGUCUUCUUGGCUGUCCAUCUCACGAUGUGCUGUGGGACCUUAUCUCACUCUGCUGCUACACUAGGACAUUAUACACACGUGCUUUCUGCAAAACAGUAUUAUGUAUUUGCAGCUGCAGGACACUGCAGCCGAUGAAUCAUCUCUUGAAAUUAUCACCUUUACCAAGUCUUAUAAUACGCUGGAGUAUUCCAUUGUCACUAUUAUUCACGUGCAUAUACAUGUACAUGUACAUGUACAGUGUAUAUGUAUGUACAAUCAUGUACAUUAUACAGCCUAUAUCAAUAGCGCGCCAAUGGAAUGUUUGGAGCUUGAAAAACAACACAUUGUUUCUGACAUUUACCAACUGCCGUUUCUUGUCGCUUGAAGAAGGUGACAGUGCCCUAUUUCUUUGUCACUAUACUGUACAUGUACCCUGUUUCCUCGUUCUGAACCCAUUUAUGCAUCU